UGGAAGAGCAUGGAGGCCCUUACCGACAAUGAGAAAUGCCGGUUGUUGAAGAAGGUUCUCAACUGCGAGGUGGUCUGGGUGCAGACAGGGUCCUCCGCGUUGGCGAAGCAAGGGUAGUUGGGGAUGCACGAGGCAGUGCAACUGAUGAAGUGCGAUCGCAUAUUGGUGCGGUUGUGGAACUACUACCUGUUCAAGCAUGAGAACCGGCCAGACAGUGACAGGACCACUAAGUACCCCUUCCUGAAAAAACGAGAGGCGAUUUUGGCAAAGUUUGAAGGGCAGGGGCUGGAUGCAGCGUUGUGGGACGGGAGCAGGAAACUUGUCAGCGACUCCUCCUUGUUCAAGGACUGUCCGCCCUACAUGGGCUGCGAGGACGAUAAGUCGAUCAAGGCGACAGAAAAGCUAGUCCAAAACAAGAAGUUGCCCAUCGAUUGGAAGAACAAGGUCCUCUCCGUGUUGACCGGCAGCAGGUCGAAAAGCAUGGAAGUCGCGCUGGCCGAAGGGAUGGUGCACAUUCUGUGGAACGACUCAAAGGACGUCACAUCUAUUGGCCCGUUCGGCGUCGACCCUCUGGAUGUGCAGAUGAAGGUCGUGGAGUUGGAGAGGGCGGUCGGAAUCACGAAAUGCCACACGUGCGUUCUCGACUUGUGCGAACCGGUGGACAUCAAACAGUGGACAGCUAAAGUCUUCGAGAGUUUGAAUGCCCUCCUGGAGCACUUGUUUCCCUCGCACUGGACAGUGGUCGCGUUCGUCCCCCGUGAGCACGACUACUACUUCAUGACCAGCCUGCACCGAUUGUCCGUCGUGAAGGCAAUGGCCAGGAAGUGGGUGAGGAGGACGCAGCAGAAGAAAAGUUUCGGUGUCGGCCACAACUUGUACUCCUUGGACGACCGCAUGUACAUCCUUUUCAAAGGCGACGACUUGCGGGAGAACACAUCUGUUGUCUACAACGCGAGGUUGGCGGCGGGUGAUGCUGCCUCGGUGGGGGCACUUCAGAAAGUGACUCCCACUGAGAUAUCCGACAUGUCGUUCGACGCUUGUGAAUGGCCCGUCGUGAUACAUGGGCGUGAUCCCGUGGUGUACAAGGGCCAUGAGCGGAACCCCACACAAUUCGCCCAUCUGCUGGAAUUCCUUUGCAAAAAGGGGGACAGCAUCAUGUUCCUCGGGAAAGCGCACACACAAGUUGUGUGGGAGGUUUUGAAGGGUGGUCGCAACGUCAUCGCGUUGGAGGGGAAUUCGGAGUGGUUGCAAUUCAUGUUGGAUUUCCUGAAAACCGCGGUCAACUCAGGAGCAUACCGCUGCGAGUUCAUUACGAAGAGUGAGAAGUCGAGACGCGUUUGGGAUCCUUCGACGGACAUGUGGUUCAAGCUAAGCGCUCGGAAAAGGAGCAGGAUCUACGAGUUCCUCUUCUUGGAGAAGCGGCCUGCGAGGGGCACCGACAUCGAGUACAUGCGCCGCAAGGAACACAUGUUGGCACUGCUAGACAACUAUCACGGCGCCACAUGCCUGAACGCGAAGAACUUCCUGGACCGAAUGGAGUUAUUGUACUUUGUCGAAUCCGAGCCGGUCCUGAGGCUCGAGAGUUACGGUGCCUUGAUCGACGCCGACGAAAAGUCCCUCACCGGUGUUGUCUUCGACACCGGUGCACCUGAGGAGGAUAGCAACACCAAGGAAAUUGACAUCGGCUACCGCCUUGCUCCGGUGCUCCCAUCCCCGGCCUCCUUGUCGGCGAGUCCCUCAACAAACCGGCCUGCACAAGCGACGCCCGUGCGGAGGACCCCUAUGGGGCGGGGCUCAUGUGCAGGGGAUCCUGUCUCCGCCGUGAAGGGCAAGUUCGCGGGCAUCCCUACCAGGGCAGACGACGUUCAGGCGAGUGUACCGGUCCAGUGGAGCUCUACAGGAGCACAGGCGUUGGAGAUUAACGCCGCCCUGGCUGUGCGGGAGGCGACGCCGCUGGCCCUUGGACAAGGCCGAUCUGCGGAGUCACAGAGAGAGAUUGCUGGUGCAGCGCCAUCCGCCUUCCUUGCGACGAAGUCCGCCGGUAUCCGUACUUCGUCCGUGACGUGCCUGCAGUCGAAGGAGGCAGGGACGGAGGAAGGUGCUAUGUCUGUUUAUACAGACAACCACUCCUUGGGAUCCGCCUUGAUGCAGCUGCAAGGAGCCGAGUCGCGUGAGACUGACGGGGGGGAAGAAUGGGUGGAAGUCGAGGGCGGGGAAGAAGGGGGAGAAUGGGAGGAGGGGGGAGAAGGAGACGAAGGGCGAGAGAAGGAAUUGAUUACAUUGCGUGACGGGGAAGACGGUGAAGAAGGAGGACUCAGUAUUAUAGACGAGGAAAGGGUGGAUGCCGGAGACGAGGAUGUCUGUGGGGAGACAUCUGAUUCGUUCGGUCUGGUGUACGCCAGACCAGGUGAAGGUGAUAUCGACGACGACAAGACGACGAUGGAGAUGGAGACGCAGGUGGUUAGUGGCCUUUCCGUGGACCACGAAGAAUAUGACGCCCACCACCUAGCCACGGCGGUGCAUCAACCCGACGGGUGCAACGAGGCUAUCAUGACAGUGAGCCCGGCGAAAAUGACUCGCCGUCUUAGCGCCAAUGAGGUCAUCGAUAGUAUACUGGGCGACGUGCAAGCUAAAACACUUUCGUCCACCCCGUCAAAAGACGAUGCCCUUCUCAGCAACGAAACUUUCGCGGUCUGGGGCUUGGCGCUCAUCCAGCCGUGCUUUCUUGUGCCCUGGUCACCGCUCACAGGAGGAAGGGGGGGGGUUGUUGGGGGUCGCCAGCGCGUCACGUCCCUGAAAAAGUGCAGGGUAGGCACUCCGGCCCUGGCUGUCCUCGCCUUACCAGCGCCCACGUCGCCGACGAAGGAGCGGGAAGAAAAACAAGCAAGUAAGCAUUGACGAUCGUCGUGAUGUCAGCACUCCCGCGUUUCGGGAUUGUCGACGCUGUCUGUGAACCCCCUUGUCGAUUUAUGCCCCACGUUAGAUGGACAAAAUUCCGCUUCACUUGUCAGUGAGGACAAAUUGGCCUCUUGUUCUUUAACACAUCCUCACGCUUUAUUCUAUGACUGCUCAUCCGCUCCUCCCUCUACAAGUCCUCUGUCGUCGUCUCGACUUUCUAUCUUUGGCCGACAGUUGUAGUGCAGAUACCGGCGGACAACAAGACAGACCGUCCGAUAAACGAUUUUCGCAGCG